CGCCAAUGAGGACGCCCCUUGCUGGCGCGUGCGGUUACUAGGGACGGAGUUGCUCCUGGGCGAAAAACGUCCGCACGAAGCUCUUCCCUAGCAACCACGGAUAAACAUGAGUUAUUACAGCAUCAGACCCUCAAGCGCCGCCAGCUUCGGGUCCAGUUCAACAACGACGACAAGCAGAUUUGACGAUCACCACAGCAUCAUGCAGCAGAAGCUGGAGAAACAGAGGUCCUUGCUGGAGCAGAAGCAGCGGCGGAAGCGCCAGGAACCCCUCAUGGUACAGCCCAACACGGAGGCCCGGCCCCGGUGGACCCGCACGCGGCGUGGCGAAGAGGAGGCGCCGCUGGUGGAUUCGCCUCUCGGCAAUGCCAACGACAUCAUUGUGGACGGUAUUAAUGGUCCAGCAGCCUUUCUGGGAUCCACAACUCCCAAAAAGGGAAUGAAAAUCCAGAUCCUUUCCACGAACCAGUCCCAGGGCCAAGUUAAGAAUCAGACCCCGCUCAAGCCCCAGCCUCCGCCGCCUCCCUCUCCAGCCGCGGCCGCUGGGGACACAGAGAAGGCCGGAGAUACAGAGACGUCGCACAAAACCAAGACGGACAUCCACGAACUACUGCGGAAACAAGGUCUGUCUGGCAGCAUGAACUUUGAUGAAUCCAGUGAGGACAAUGAGGAAGAGCGGCCGCGAUCCCCGACGCCCGGCGAGGAGACCACGAGGCCCGCCUCGGCCACCAGCUCCAAGGAGCCGGAGGCAGUCGCUGGCGGCUCGCCUUCCUCCAGGAGCUCGUCUCUUCUGGAGGUGUCCAAUUUAGAGGAGUUUGUGUUGCUUCCUGCGCCACGUGGCGCCACAGUCAAAUGCCGGAUCACCCGCGACAAGAAGGGCAUGGAUCGCGGUCUCUACCCCACAUACUACAUGCACAUGGAGAAGGAGGACGGCAAGAAGAUUUUCUUGUUGGCAGGUAGGAAGAGGAAGAAGAGCAAGACGUCCAACUACCUCAUUUCAGUAGACCCCACCGAUCUCUCACGAGAAGGAGAGAGCUUCAUCGGCAAGCUGAGGUCCAACCUUAUGGGCACCAAAUUCACUGUGUACAACAACGGCGCCAACCCCUGUAAGAAACUCGCUGCCAUGGAUGACAGCAACACUCGGCAGGAGCUGGCCGCUGUCUGCUACGAAACCAACGUGCUGGGAUUCAAGGGCCCGCGAAAGAUGACUGUCAUCAUCCCGGGGAUGAAUGGCAACUUUGAGCGAGUGCCCGUGAGGCCCCAGAACGAGCAGGAGAGCCUGCUCAGCCGCUGGCAAAGUCACUCCUUGGACAACCUGAUCGAGCUUCACAACAAGGCGCCCGUGUGGAACGAUGACACGCAGUCCUACGUGCUCAACUUCCACGGGCGCGUUACUCAGGCCUCCAUCAAGAACUUCCAGAUAGUCCACGACAAUGAACCUGACUACAUCGUUAUGCAGUUUGGCCGAGUGGCUGAGGACAUCUUCACACUGGAUUACAACUACCCCAUGUGCGCCUUGCAGGCCUUCGCCAUCGGCCUGUCCAGUUUCGACAGCAAGCUGGCGUGCGAGUGAAUUUGGCAAAUGAGGUUAACGUUUUUCAAUGAAUGAGGACUCCGCUUGCCCGCCGUCGGAAUCAAACUGGGCUUUCCUGCAGCGCUACCCUCAGGACAAAGCGCCUAACCAGACAUGCUCAACCAUUAUAACUCAUAUUUUAUUAUCCUUUUGUCUUGUAUGGCAAGUGCAUUAUUCUUACCUUCAGUUUUUGUGAAUAGCUUUUGCUUUGUGACUUGUUGACAUGCAUGCAAAAUUGCACAGAUUAUAAAUAAGUACUGUAAAUAAAAACAAAAAAAAGU